AGUCUUUUAUAUCAAGCUCUGCAGCUGUUUGAUAAACUUGAAAAUCCAGUCCCCACAAACUGCUGGAAGGGAGAAGGGACUUGGUUUCUUCUCCUGAAUUGGUGCCUCCUGACUGCUGUAAAGUUGUAUUAUCAAGCAGCAAGAGUCUUGAUUCAGUUGUUAAUAAUAAUGAAAAGAAACACUAAAACUAGAAGUUUUACCCUGGAGCAUGAGGGUAACAGCACUGACAUAAAAGCUGUGGGUAUGCCAGAUGCUCAGGAACGUGCCUCAGCAUGCUUCAGUGGUGGCCAGCAAACUGAUCUGCCAUCCCGUUCUCUACAAAACUGUGCACAAAAGCUCCUACCUCCUCAAGAACUGAGAGCAAGCAUCAGCGAAUUAAAAACUCACUCCGCCAUCUUGACAGGGAAAAGUUCACAAGAACAGAAAAUAACAAAUUUUGAAGCCAUGAAGAACAAAUAUUGUGACCAUUCAAACAAACAUUCCCUCCUCUUUCCUGGACCUUCUCAGAUAAGGGGGUCUAACAGCCGAGAAUUAAAAUAUCACCCAAUGGCCUUGACAGGACAAAGUUCACAUGAACAAAAUCCAGUUGAUUGUGAAAUCAAGAAGAACAAGAUGUAUCAUUUUCAUCCAUACAAACAUUCCAGAUUUACUCCAGAUAUCCGCUAUGGUAUGGAUUCGAGAAUUGCUGCAUUAAGUUGUCAUCACCCCUUGACUCCAAAUCCCAUGCCAAGAUUAGAUCCCAUAACCAGGCUUCCUAUUUGUCAAUGUGCUCACCUAGAUUUAGCAGCUAUGAAUGCCUACCAGAUUGCCAGAUUGCCGUUCUCUCAUCCAUGGUUUUCCAUGCCUAUGAUGCCAUCUCUUUCUGCCAUUUCUAUGCCCGGGGAUGCCCCUCAUCAACAUAGGGCAUCCCCACAUUAUGCUUACUGCCAAUGCUUUUGCUGCCUUGGAAGCUGGAGAGCCUCAAAACCAAAUUUGCAGUAAGAACUUUGGCUGCAAGGGGAAAACAAAUGUUAGUGACAUGCACUAAAUAAUUUUAACACAAUUUUCCAUUUUAUUAAAAUUAAAUGUCCAGAAA